GUGACUGUUCUCCUGUACAGUUCUUCCUCAUGUCAACGACAGGACGGUACAUCCGUAAGAACACACAUUGGACGGUCUAGACUCACUUGAUAGAAUGGAAGAGAAAACUAUGGCCAACUCCAGGCGUUGUUAUAAUCAAUGGCGUUGGUUCGUGGUUUUGAUCAUGUCCUUCCCGGUAUCCUACGUGGACGCGGUGUGGCCGAUGCCUCAAAUGAUCCGCUCUUCCAUGGUCCGAUACACACUAAAUCCACAGGAGUUUCUUUUUCAGUACUCUAGUGGAUCUUCCGCUCAAUCCGGUUGUUCUCUUCUGGACUCGGCUUUCAAGAGAUACUUCCCGCUCAUCUUCACGGAUUAUAGUGCAGCAAGAACCAGACAGCAGGAUGAGUGGUUUAGGUUCCCUUUCACCGUUGUGGUCCAUGUGGAGAGAGCAGAAUGUGAGGGAUAUCCCGAUGCAGACUCCUCAGAAAGCUACAAGCUGAGUGUGAGUUCGGGCCAGGCAGCACUGAGGGCUGAGACGGUAUGGGGAGCACUCAGAGGUUUGGAGUCAUUCAGUCAGCUGGUCUCCCAAGAUGCCUUUGGGGAGUAUUUUGUGAAUGAGACUGAGAUAGAAGACUUUCCCCGCUUCCAGUUCCGAGGGAUAUUAUUGGAUACGUCACGUCACUACCUACCUUUACACGCUAUUCUGAAGACCCUGGAUGCGAUGUCCUACAACAAGUUCAAUGUUUUCCACUGGCACAUCGUGGACGACCCCUCCUUCCCCUACCAGAGUAGCACUUUCCCUGACCUCAGCAGCAAGGGGGCGUUCCAUCCGUUUACCCAUGUGUACACCCAGAUAGACGUGAAGAGGGUUAUCGCCCACGCCAGACUCAGAGGCAUCAGGGUCCUGGCUGAAUUUGACUCCCCGGGACACACCCAGUCAUGGGGCAAAGGACAGCCCGGUCUCCUGACCCCCUGCUAUAAGGGCACAGUCCCCUCUGGGACGUUUGGUCCAGUGAACCCAGCCAACUCCGCCAGCUACCAGUUCAUGACCCGCCUGUUUAAAGAGGUCACCUCUGUGUUUCCUGACUCUUACAUCCACCUGGGAGGGGACGAGGUAGACUUUACCUGCUGGAAGUCCAACCCUGAUGUCCGAGGCUUCAUGCUGAAGAUGGGGUUUGGAACUGACUACACAAAACUGGAAUCCUACUACAUGGAAAAUAUGGUGAACAUUACGAAGGGACUCAACAAGACAGCCAUAGUCUGGCAGGACGUCUUUGACUACCAUGAAAAAAUCCCAGUGGACACGGUGCUCCACAUCUGGAAGGGUAGCCCAGGUCAGAUACAACAGGAGCUGAGUAGCAUCACCCUGGCUGGGUACAGGGUCAUACUGGCUGCCCCCUGGUACAUCAACCACAUCAACUACGGACAGGACUGGAAAACAUACUACACCAUACAGCCACUCAACUUCACUGGUACAGAGCAGCAGAAGAAACUGGUGAUUGGUGGAGAGGUGUGCAUGUGGGGAGAGUAUGUUGACGCUACCAACCUCUCUCCUCGUCUCUGGCCGAGGGCGAGUGCUGCUGCAGAGCGGUUGUGGAGUGAUGAGAAGAUGACCUCCAGCGUGAUCGAUGCCUUCCCUCGCCUCGUGGACUUCCGCUGCAGGCUGCUGAGGCGCGGUAUCCAGGCAGAGCCUCUGUCUGUGGGUCACUGCAGACAUGAGUAUCAGGGUAUCUGAAACAUGGCUGGUUGUGUGUCACUGCAGACCAGUCAGGGCUUUAAAUGAACUUUUCUUCAUUGGUAGCACUGGUGCUCCUAACUUCAGAAAGUAAGGAGCACAAGACAGAGUUUUGGAGCACCAGAUUAUAUAUUUUUUACUGCGUUAAUGAAUAACAGUUUUGCAGUUGUAUUUUUAAAUAAAAAAGGGUUGUUUUAAUCACCUGUAUAAUUAUGUUUGUUGCACUUUCAAAUAUAAAAGUUGUUUUUAUUUUAAUGUCUGACUCUCUAGUUAUGUGUUCUACAUCAUCAAGGAAACACCUGAUGAUAAUUAACAAUGAUUGGACAGCCAUUAGCAUUCAGCUAACAGACUAUAAUAAUGUAACCAGGUAACAUGAUGACAAAUAACAAUGAUUAGACAGCCAUUUGCAUUCAGCUAACAGACUAUAAUAAUAAUAAUGUAACCAGGUAACAUGAUGACAAAUAACAAUGAUUGGACAGCCAUUUGCAUUCAGCUAACAGACUAUAAUAAUAAUAAUAAUGUAACCAGGUAACAUGAUGACAAAUAACAAUGAUUGGACAGCCAUUUUCAUUCAGCUAACAGACUAUAAUAAUAAUAAUGUAACCAGGCAACAUGAUGACAAAUAACAAUGAUCGGACUGUCACGUUUCUGACCUUAUUUCCUUUAUUUUCCUUUUGUUUUGUCUUUAGUUCGUAUGGUCAGGGCGUGAGUUGGGGUGGGCAGUCUAUGUUCUGUGUUUCUAUGUUUAGGUUUGUCAUUUGGCCUGAUAUGGUUCUCAAUCAGAGGCAGGUGUUUUUCAUUGUCUCUGAUUGGGAACCAUAUUUAGGUAGCCUGUUUUCACUGUUGGUUUGUGGGUGUUUGUUUCCUGUGUCAGUGUUUGUGCCACACGGGACUGUUUCGGUUAUUUCACUUUGUUAUUUUGUAUUUGUUUUGUAGUGUUCAGUUAUUUCUAUUAAAACAUGGACACUUA